AUGGCGGGCAAACUUGCUUCAGACUAUAGCGCUUGGAAGAAGCUGCAACAGAUCUACGACACCGAGAAGGAGCAGCUCGUCCUCCGCGACCUUUUCGCCAAGGACCCAGCCCGCUUUGACAAGUUCCACAAGGAGUAUGUCGCCUCCUCGAACGCGUCCAACACCUUCCUGCUCGACUACUCAAAGAACCUAAUCACCGAGCCGAUCCUCGCUACUCUGCUUGACCUCGCUCGUGAGGCUGAUGUCGAGGGUGUCCGCGACAAGAUGUUCGCCGGCGAGCACAUCAACACGUCCGAGGACCGCGCGGUGCUUCACGUCGCUCUCCGCAACUUCGACGACUUCAAGAUCCAGGAGGCUGGUGUUGAUGAGGUCUCUGGCGUUCUGGCGCACAUGAAGGAGUUCACCGACGCCGUCCGCUCCGGCGAGUGGAAGGGUUACACCGGCAAGCCAAUCAAGUCCAUCGUCAACAUCGGCAUCGGCGGAUCCGACCUCGGCCCCGUUAUGGUUACCGAGGCGCUGAAGCCCUACUCGAAGCGCGACCUUGACGCCUACUUCGUUUCCAACAUCGACGGCACUCAUCUUGCCGAGACUGUCCGCAAUCUUGACCCGGAGACCACUCUCUUCAUCAUUGCCUCGAAGACCUUCACCACCCAGGAGACGAUCACCAAUGCCGAGUCCGCCCGUGACUGGUUCCUCGCUAAAGCGGGUGACAAGGCUCACGUCGCGAAACACUUCGUCGCGCUUUCGACCAACACUAAGGCUGUUACCGCGUUCGGCAUCGCCGAGUCGAACAUGUUCGCGUUUUGGGACUGGGUUGGUGGCCGUUACUCGCUCUGGAGCGCCAUCGGCCUUUCGAUUGCGCUUUGCAUUGGCUUUGACAAGUACGAGGAGCUCCUUAAGGGCGCGCACGACAUGGACAAGCACUUCAAGGAGACGCCUUUGGAGAAGAACCUUCCCGUGUUGUUGGGCGUUAUCGGUAUCUGGUACAAUGACUUCUAUGGCGCUCAGACGCACGCGCUUUUGCCAUAUGAUCAGUACUUGCAUAAGUUCGCCGACUACUUCCAGCAGGGCGACAUGGAGUCGAACGGCAAGUUCAUCACCAAGCAGGGCCAACGUGUCAACUACCAGACCGGUCCUAUCAUCUGGGGUGCAGCAGGUACCAACGGCCAGCACUCGUUCUACCAGCUUGUCCACCAGGGUACCAAGUUGAUCCCAACCGACUUCAUCGCACCCGCGACAACGCAUAACCCGAUCCGCAACUCGCUGCACCACCGCAUCCUGCUCUCGAACUACUUCGCGCAGCCUGAAGCGCUCGCGUUUGGUAAGACCGAGGAGGAGGUCCGCAAGGAGCUCGGCUCUGGCGCAAGCGAGACGCUCGUGAAGAGCAAGGUCUUUGAGGGCAACCGUCCGAGCAACAGCAUCAUGUUCCCGCUCCUCACGCCCGCUGUCCUCGGCUCGCUCAUCGCGCUUUACGAGCACAAGAUCUUCACCCAGGGUGUCAUCUGGGGUAUCAACUCGUUCGACCAGAUGGGUGUUGAGCUCGGCAAAGUCCUCGCGAAGGCCAUCCUGGCUCAGCUCGACAAGCCAGACGACGUCAAGGGCCACGACAGCUCGACCACGGGUAUCAUCCACUACUACCAGAAGUACCGCAAGGAAUGA